UCCGAAAUGAUAUUGGUAUCCAAACAAGGCCUUCCCAAAUCCUUUAAGCCCUUUCAAAACCCUAUCACGCAGCCGCUGCCUCUCGUUUCUCUCCAUUCUGCUGCUGCUGCCAUGGCUCUUUCCAAGCCCUCCUUCUUCGCCCACCUCAAAACCGUCAUCAAACCCUACCGCCGCAGCCACCCGCCGCUGCCGUUCGUCUCUCUCCGGUUUCUCUCUUUUGCCACCCCGGAAGAAGCCGCCGCGGAACGCCGCCGCCGCAAGCGCCGCCUCCGCAUCGAACCCCCUCUCAACUCUCUCCGGCAAUCCCAACCGCCACCGCAACAACAGCAACAGCCGCCCCGCGCUCCUCCCAACCCUAACGCUCCCAAAGUCCCCGAAACCGUCUCGGUCCUCACCGGAAACCGCCUCAACCUCCACAACCGGAUCCUCACUCUCAUCCGCGAGAACGAUUUGGAGGAAGCCGCGCUGCUCACGCGGCACUCGAUCUACUCGAACUGCCGGCCGACGAUCUUCACCUGCAACGCCGUGAUGGCGGCGCUCCUCCGUCAGUCGCGCUACGCCGAGCUCCUCUCCCUCCAUCGCUUCAUAACGCAGGCCGGCGUGGCAGCCAAUGUCGUUACUCACAACCUCCUCAUCAACGCCUAUAUGGACUGCCGGAAAACAGACACCGCCUUGGAGCACUACAAGCAGCUGAUCAAUGACGCGCCUUUCAACCCCUCGCCGACCACUUAUCGGAUCCUAAUCAAAGGCCUGGUUGAUAAUAACAAGGUCGAGAGGGCGUUGGAGCUGAAGGAUGAGAUGCUGUCGAAGGGUUUCGAAGCUGAUCCGAUUGUUUAUCAUUAUCUGAUGCGGGGUGAGGUUAAGAAUUCUAAUCCUGAUGGCGUUUUUUCUCUUUAUAAUGAAUUGGAAGAGAAAUUGGGAGGGUUUGUUUCGGACGGGGUUGUGUAUGGGGACUUGAUGAAGGGGUAUUUCUUGAGAGGAAUGGAGGAGGAGGCCAUGGAGUGUUACGAGAAGACGGUGGGUGAGAAUUCAAAGAUUAAGAUGAGUGCUGUUGCGUACAAUUCGGUUUUGGAGGCAUUGUGCAAGAAUGGGAAAUUUGAUGAGGCACUCCAACUGUUUGAUAGAAUGCUCUCGGAACAUAAUCCGCCUGGGAAGCUAACUGUGAACCUGGGAAGCUAUAAUGUGAUGGUGGAUGGGUAUUGUGCGCAAGGGAGAUUUAAGGAUGCAAUUGAGGUUUUCAAUACCAUGGGCGAGAAGAGGUGUAGGCCAGACACCUUGUCUUACAAUAAUUUGAUCGAACAGUUGUGUGGCAAUGGGAUGUUGGGGGAAGCAGAGGAGCUUUACAGGGGGAUGGGUGAGAAAGGGGUUAACCCGGAUGAGUUUACUUUUGUUUUGUUGAUGGAUACUUGCUUUAAAGAGAAUCGACCAGAUGCUGCUGCUGGAUAUUUUAGAACAAUGGUGGAUUCUAAGCUGAGGCCCAACUUGGGAGUUUAUAACAAAUUGGUUGAGGGGCUAGUUAAAGUGGGGAAGGUUGAUGAGGCAAAAUCAUUCUAUGAUUUGAUGGUUGGUAAGCUGAAGAUGGAUGAUGCAAGCUAUACAUUUGUGAUGAAGGCGUUGUUUGAUAUUGGGAAGGCUGAUGAGGUGCUUAAAAUGGUUGGUGGUCUAUUGAGGGAUGAGGGCCUUGAAUUUAGUGCCGAGUUGCAAGAAUUUGUUAGAGGAGAAUUGAGCAAGGAAGGUAGGGAAGAGGACCUUGUCAAGCUUAUGGAAGAGGUAAAGAGGGAGAAGGCUGAGGCUGCAGCUAAAGAGGCAGAGGAAGCUGAAAAAGCUAAGGCUAGUUCAAGAGCUGCUAUCUCUUCUUUGAUACCAUCGAAGUUAUUUGGGAACAAGGAAGGCGAGGAGAAAUCUACAGAUGCAACUGGAAAUGCCGCUGAGACCGCCUCUACGAAUAUAGAGGUGGAAACAGGCAAAGAAGAGAAUGUUGCAGAUGCAGUUGCGGAAGAACAAGCCAUUAAAGGUGAGAAUUUGGGUGAACAGGAUAAAAUUGAUGUCACAAGUACCCAGGUAACAGCUUAAGGAAGUGAUUCAUUUGGGGAUUAUUUGUGGAGAAAAGGCUAUCUUUUUGCAUUCCUUUUCCUAGAUUAAAGGAUUUUAAGGUAUAAACCAGAGUCUAUCUGUUUCUCUCGUCCUAUGGGAUGUAAUCAGAUGGAAAUGAUCAUACGAUGGUUGGCUUCUAUAUGUGUUAUGAUAGUGGACCUCUCAGUGGAAGCUUAAUGAAAUUCUCGGAUAAAGAUUUAUUGCAAUGUAACUGAUAAAGUGUCACUGUCAUCUGUGGAAGCAAGUGGAAUUCUGGUGAUUGUCAAAUAUGGUAAUGAUUAGCCCGUUUUGAUCUUGUCUGGAACUUGUAUUCUCUGUGUCUUGAUUCUAGACGUCUAGAUUUUCAUAUUGUAGAUUUAUUGCGACUACAAGGAAAUUCUUUGCAUUCAAUUGGAGACUUGAAAAUCAGUCAACUUUAAGUAA